AUGACGACGCUGGCCGGAGCUGUGCCCAGGAUGAUGCGGCCGGGCCCGGGCCAGAACUACCCGCGCAGCGGCUUCCCGCUCGAAGUGUCUACUCCCCUCGGCCAGGGCCGAGUCAACCAGCUCGGUGGCGUGUUUAUCAACGGCAGGCCGCUCCCCAAUCACAUCCGCCACAAGAUCGUGGAGAUGGCUCAUCACGGCAUCCGACCCUGCGUUAUCUCCCGCCAGCUGCGAGUGUCCCACGGCUGCGUCUCUAAGAUCCUGUGCAGGUACCAGGAGACCGGCUCCAUCCGCCCUGGUGCCAUCGGGGGCAGUAAGCCCAAGGUGACAACGCCUGAUGUGGAAAAGAAAAUUGAGGAGUACAAAAGAGAGAACCCGGGCAUGUUCAGCUGGGAAAUUCGAGACAAGUUACUUAAGGACGCGGUCUGUGAUCGGAACACAGUGCCCUCAGUGAGUUCCAUCAGCCGCAUCCUGAGGAGUAAAUUCGGGAAAGGCGAAGAGGAGGAUGCCGACCUGGAAAGAAAGGAGGCAGAGGAGAGUGAGAAGAAGGCGAAACACAGCAUCGACGGCAUCCUGAGCGAGCGAGCCUCAGCUCCCCAGUCGGAUGAAGGCUCUGACAUAGACUCGGAACCAGACUUGCCCCUUAAGAGGAAACAGCGCCGGAGUCGGACCACCUUCACCGCCGAGCAGCUCGAGGAACUGGAACGCGCUUUUGAGAGAACCCACUACCCUGAUAUCUAUACCAGGGAGGAACUGGCUCAGCGGGCGAAGCUCACUGAGGCCCGGGUCCAGGUCUGGUUUAGCAACCGUCGUGCAAGAUGGAGGAAGCAAGCUGGGGCCAAUCAGCUGAUGGCCUUCAACCAUCUCAUUCCCGGGGGAUUCCCGCCCACUGCCAUGCCUACACUGCCAACAUACCAGCUUUCAGAGACGUCUUACCAACCCACAGCUAUUCCACAAGCCGUGUCGGAUCCCAGCAGUACCGUUCACAGACCUCAGCCACUUCCUCCAAGCACUGUACACCAAAGCACUAUUCCUUCAAACCCGGACAGCAGCUCUGCCUACUGCCUCCCCAGCACCAGGCAUGGAUUUUCCAGCUAUACAGACAGCUUUGUGCCUCCAUCCGGGCCCUCCAACCCCAUGAACCCCGCCAUUGGCAAUGGCCUUUCACCUCAGGUAAUGGGACUCCUGACCAACCAUGGUGGAGUGCCCCACCAGCCCCAGACUGAUUAUGCGCUCUCUCCUCUCACCGGGGGCUUGGAACCUACCACCACGGUGUCAGCCAGCUGCAGUCAGAGACUAGACCAUAUGAAGAGCUUGGACAGUCUGCCAACUUCUCAGUCCUAUUGUCCACCCACCUACAGCACCACAGGCUACAGUAUGGACCCUGUCACAGGCUAUCAAUACGGGCAGUAUGGACAAAGUGCCUUUCAUUAUCUCAAACCAGAUAUUGCAUAAGUGAACUGUCCACUUGGAGCUCAAACUGGCCCUGUUUCCGGUCUUCACAGCCUAGACAUGAAGAAUCUUCUCAGAGAGAGAGAGACAGAGAGAGAGAGAAAAAUAUCACCCUUUUGAGGAGGGGGCAGUCUCGGCAGGAGACAAAGGAGAGAUUGAUUUUCUUCCUCCAUUAGUCAGUAUCAAGUUCUUCUGAACAUGUUGGACUUCAGUAGUGGGUACAAGGAAGACCCCGAAUAAUAAAUGACAAAUACAACAUUUUAAGGUGAUGGUUGAAAAACAUGGCUAGGUAUCAAAAUAUCCCAACUCUGUAGUGUUGAUGAUCAAGGAGCUAAAACAUUCCGUGUGUGUUUGUGUAUGUGUGUGUGUGUGUGUGUGUGAGAGAGAGAGAGAGAGAGAGAGAGAGGCAUACAGAGAGAUUGAGACAGAUAGAGAUUUAUUUGGAUAGGUUUGGGCAAGCAGAAUGUCCAAAAGUAAAGUCAGAGAACACUUGGCAGUAUAACAUGUUGGACAAUGACGACACUCAACUUUAGAACUGCUCACUUUCAUGAAGCAGGGAUGGGGGAAUCCUUGACGUGCACACACUGGAAAUUGAUGUAGAAAUGAAUGCCACCAUUAUUUUUUAGGAAGUUAGAUUAGAUGUAAAGGACCUCCCCAAUAAAUUAUUUGUUAUCUUGUCCUCCUUUGUAAUCCGGCUGCUGCCAAUCAACAUCCCGGAUGGACCAGUCUUGCCAACAGGAUACGGGCCAGCAGGAAGGAAAGCUUGUUUCCUUUCCCUGGAGGAGAGCAGAGUGAUGUGUUCCCCAUUCAUUUUCAUUUGGAAGCCGACAUGGAGCAGGGGAGGGAGGGGUGCUACUCUCAGCGUGCAAUACCAUGUACCUCACCUCUGCUUUGGCAACGAACGGUCCAGGCCAGGUAAACAGAGUCAGAGCUAUAUUUUUGCAGGUGCUUUAUUUUCGCAGCCCGUGACGUAUGAUGGCAGAAUGCAGCGGUGCUCAGCUUUCGCUGGUAGCCCACACCCUCUCUGCUCCGAUCUGAUCAGAGACCACGUUGGCGAGCAAUGCUUUUAAAACAACUGACGUUUACAUUCUUCCCCUUUUCUAUGAAAGGCAGGGCAAGAGCAGAAAUGUCCACAUGUCCCGCAUGUACUUUUAAAUUAUACAAUGAUAGCCCAUCUUAAGAGGUGAUAGGACUGAGGUUUACAUAACUUUUGUGUGGUGACAUUUUAGAAUGUCAAUAAACUUGUGUUUCGCGAUUGUUAAGAGGAACCAGAAGGUGGAAGGCAGUGUUAUUUAUUUCUUUGCUAUUCUUGGAACCAUGAAUGAGGUAGGCGCAAAUACAUUCCUUUUAGAGUUAAGAACUAUGACGUAGUGAGUUAGUGAGACUAGACGUAGUACCGAGUGUAGUUCAUACGAUGGUGGUGGGUAAGGAGAAGUGCU